AUGACCGAAAUCGACAAGAUCGGCCGCUUCAUCGAGGCGAUGAAGUCGGUAUACGGCCCAUUUGAUGAAUUAUCAAACGACGAUGUACUUGGCUGGAAUUUCCCUGAUGAUCCUGGAGCUGGAGGCCAUCGUGGUAGGUACCUCUGGACGGACGCUUUUGGAGUUGUCAACUUCAUCACUCUGUUUAAAGAAACGGCCAAGCCCAAGUAUUUGACGCUAGCUAAGCGUCUGGUUACUACGGUACAUGACAUACUUGGCCGAACAAGGGAUGGAGAAAAAAGACUUGAUGGUGCUACGGAUGAGGAGCCUUUGAGAGGAGGGCUGAGAAUUGGGAAACUGGAUGCCAAGGGCCCAGACGGCGAUGGACAGUAUCAUCAUUAUCUCACGCUUUGGAUGUUUGCGCUCAAUCGACUCUCCAUUGCAGCGGGUGAGACAGAGUACAACGAUUUGGCCAUACAAUUGGCGAGGUCGAUUCAUCCGCGCUUUCUCAUGCACUGCCUCUCCGGCGAUUUGCGAAUGGUAUGGAAGAUAUCCACCGAUAUGAAGAGCGUACUUGUCCAGUCAGAGGGCCACCUUGAUGCAGCAACAGGAUACGUUGUAUACAAGCUGCUCCAGAGCACAGCCGCGAAACAAGGUCAUCGAAUUGGCGUGCUGGGUCAAGAAGUCAGCGAUUACUGGAAUCUCAUGACACGAAAGGGCAGUCUAUCUCCAGGAAAUGACUUUCUAGACCUAGGAAUGGGCCUUUGGAUGUGCCACAUAUGGGCGGAUGAACCGUGGGCUAUGAAACUCUCCGACAAGGCUCUAAUCAGAGUCGAAGAGCUACUUGGUGAGAAUUCCCCAAUAAUGCACCGAAGUGCAUCCCACAGGCUGGCCUUUCGCGAGUUUGGCACCUGCGUUGGCGUUAAGUGCUGGAAUGUCAAUGAUUAUUUAGAAACGCGGGUGGCAGCUCUUGUGAGAUUCUGGGAUGGGCAUUUGGACGGUGCAGAUACGGAGGAUGGACUUAAGCCGAUAUCGCGGGUUAUGUAUGCGACGGCUUUGAAUGCGGGAGCGUUUCGCAUAGGAUAUCUUGAGAGCGGCGAGUGA